CAAAAGUUCGCGAUAAUCAAACACAGCCCAGGGCACAACGACACAACCUAACCGAAGCGCAACAAACCUCACCAGAUACUACCACUCAAUCGCACACCCAGCCCUUUACGACGUUGUCAACAACAACAAGUCUGCCAGAUUGAUGGACCCCUCUCCUCAAUCACCCCCCACCAAAAAGCGCAAAAUGGCGACCUCAACCUCAACUUCUACCGCCGCCCCCGCGGUUGUCGAAGAACACCAAUUCCCCCUCCCGCCGAUCCUCACCCACCCCUCCGCCGCCCCUCCCACCCUCAUCACACAAGGCGCCGAAGGCCGUCUCUACAAAACAACCUUCUUCUCUCCCGACAUCCCCUGCGCACUCAAGUACCGACCCCCCAAGCCCUACCGGCACCCGGUUCUCGACGCCCGCCUGACCAAAGCCCGCCUCGCCUUCGAGGCCAAAGUCCUCGAGCGGUGCCGGCGCGAGGGCGUUCCCGUGCCUGCCGUGUACGCCCAGAACGCGGCGGCGGGCUGGAUCGCGGUGGAAUGGAUUGAGGGUGCGCCGGUGCGAGUGAAGAUCAACGAGUGGUUGGGGCAGAGGCCGAAGAAUGAGGAGGAGGAAAGGUCAGCCGCGGAGCAAGAUCAAGGACCGUUGAUCGAGUUGAUGAAGAGGAUCGGGGCCGCGAUAGCGGGGCUGCAUAGGACGGGUGUGGUGCAUGGAGAUUUGACGACUAGUAAUAUGAUGUUGAGGCCACACACGAACAAGACGACGAGUAGCGAGCAGACGAAUGGAGUGAGCAAAGAAGAGGAAAAGGCCAAGUUGCUGGAGGGAGACGUGGUGAUCAUUGACUUUGGCUUGGCGAACCAGAGCCAGUCGGACGAAGACCGGGCGACGGAUUUGUAUGUCCUCGAGAGGGCGUUCGCGAGCACACACCCCCGGGCGGAGAACCUGUUUGAGCACUUGCUGGAGUCAUACAAGCAGAGCUUCAAGAAGGGAGCGUCUGUGUUACAUAAGUUGGAGGAUGUGAGGAUGCGUGGGAGGAAGAGGAGCAUGAUUGGGUAAUGGUCAACACCUUUUUUUGGCGACAACAAGGCGAGAAAAGAUACCCAUGGAUUUAUACACAUACAAGAACAGUUUUGCUAUAAUGAUGAGUUGGAACAGCGGAGCUCGCGCGCUGGAAAGGAAAGUGAAGUUGCAAUACAUUCAUGCAAAUCGAAACGCCAUUUUCAUAAGCAACGAAGACAACGAACGCAAUUGGUAUUAAUAUCAAUAGAAUCAGAAUGCCUGCUUGCCUGCCUGG